AUGGCGCUGCAGGAUGUGUGCAAGUGGUGGGCCCGGGGCACCCAGGAACCAUCCCCUCAUCUGCCUCCAGCUGGUGGCUGGGCUGUGCCCCGGGGCUGUGACCCUCAAACCUUCCUGCAGAUCCAUGGCCCUCGGCUGGCCCACGGCACCACCACCCUGGCCUUCCGCUUCCGUCACGGAGUCAUCGCUGCGGCCGACACGCGUUCCUCCUGUGGCAGCUACGUGGCCUGUCCAGCCUCACGGAAGGUCAUCCCGGUGCACCAGCACCUCCUGGGCACCACCUCCGGCACCUCCGCCGACUGUGCCACAUGGUACCGGGUGCUGCAGCGGGAGCUGCGGCUGCGGGCACUGAGGGAAGGUCAGCUGCCCAGUGUGGCCGGUGCCGCCAAACUCUUAUCAGCCAUGAUGUUCCCCUAUCGGGGCCUGGAUCUGUGUGUGGCCACCGCCCUGUGCGGCUGGGACCGCUCUGGCCCUGCCCUCUUCUAUGUCUAUAGCGACGGCACCUGCCUGCAGGGGAACAUCUUCUCCGUGGGCUCCGGAUCGCCCUAUGCCUACGGCGUGCUGGACCGCGGCUACCGCUACGACAUGACCACCCAGGAGGCCUACGCCCUGGCUCGCCGCGCGGUGGCCCACGCCACCCACCGAGAUGCCUACUCAGGGGGCUCCGUAGACCUUUUCCAUGUGCGGGAGAGUGGGUGGGAGUACGUGUCACGGAACGACGCCUGGGCGCUGUACUCGGAGCUGCAGAAGCUCCCAGAGCCAGAGAAGGAAGAGGAGGCCAGGGAAGCCGGUCCUGAGCCUGCCACCCCCCGAAAAGCUGGGGAAGGCGGGGACCUCGCUGCUGGGCCAGCCCUGGGGGACUCCAGGAUGCCCGGAGAGACUGAGGUGCUGUAA